AUGUCGUGCGGUGUUCCGCAGGGAUUGGUCUUUGGACAACUCCUGUGGAACAUCGGCUACGACUGGGUACUGAGAGGUGAACUCCCGUCGGGCGCUGACUUGACGUGUUAUGCGGACGACACGCUCGUCACUGCCCGGGGAAGCUCGCACAGGGAAGCAGCGUUGGUUGCCACGGCUGCGGUGUCACAAGUGGUGAACGGCAUUUGUGCCUGGGCCUGGAGGUGGCCCUAA